AUGGUCUUCGAACAGUCCUGGAAAUGGCCAGAGAAUCUUCCUGCUGCCCAGAGUGCUGGACGCUCUGGGCAUUCUCAGACUGACGGUCGACCAGCUGACUCUACUGAGCGCUCAUCGAACAGGCCCAAGAAGCAUUAUCCUCCGCGGACUUGUCGCAUCUGUUUGGAAACAGUCUAUCCAACCUUCCACCCUCCGUCCGAGCAUCUUCCUGGGUUUCUGCAGUCAUCGCCUCGGGUAACAUAUGAAUCACCCGACCCGGAGCUGGGUCGACUUUUGCGGCCUUGCAAGUGUAAGGGGACAUCCCGGUACGUGCAUGAAGGCUGUCUUCGUACCUGGCGACAUGCAGACCCCAGCUACGGGAAGAGGAACUAUUGGCAAUGUCCGACCUGCAAGUUCCAGUACCGGCUCGAGCGGAUGACAUGGGCUCGAUGUAUCAGUAGCACUGCGACACAAAUUGGUCUGACAUUAGGAAUACUGCUGUUUACUAUAUUUUUGCUUGGUUUCAUUGCUGACCCCAUCAUUAAUUUCUGGGCGGACCCUUUGGGAACCAUCUUCGCCACGGAUGACUGGGACUGGGACUGGGAACCUGACCCCGUCCUUGAUGUGCCCCCUCUGGAGGAAAAAACAUCCUGGCUUGAACACUUUGUCAAGGGACUAGCAUCCCUGGGCGUUUUGUCUUUCAUCAAAGUGCUGCUAGCGGCGUCUCCAUGGCAGUGGUUGAAUAUCCGGACCUCCGGCCUGUUCGGUGGUGGUAGAACGACGGGCAGGAGUCGAGUUGCUUCCAUCAGCUGGGUGGUGGUGCUUAUUGGUGUGGGCAGUUUCCUUUGGGCUGUCUACAAGGGUGUCAGGACCUGGAGUUGCCGUAUGCUGGAAAAGGCAGGGGAACGAGUCAUGGAUGUUCCGUUGCCAGACGAUGACGAGGAAGAAUUCGAUUCUUCAGCUGCAAGUCAGUCUAAGAAAGACAUAUAA